AUGUCCAGGAAACACUGGUCCCCUGGGACGCAGUGUGUCACCAAACAUGACCACACCAAGCCCAAGGCCCAGGAGCUGGCCUUCCACAAGGGCGACGUGGUCACCAUCAUCGAGGCCGUGGAGGGCAAGAGCUGGUACCGAGCCAGGCACAACGAUACGGGGCAGGAGGGGCUGCUGGCAGCCAGCGCGCUGCGGGAGCGUGGUGCCAUCCGCGUCGACCCCAAGCUCAGCCUCAUGCCCUGGUUCCACGGGAAGAUCUCGGGGGUGGAGGCAGUGCAGGAGCUGCAGCCCCCCGAGGACGGGCUGUUUCUGGUGCGUGAGUCCAUCCGGCACCCCGGUGACUACGUGCUGUGUGUGAGCUUCGGCAAGGAGGUGAUCCACUACCGCGUGGUGCAUGAGGAGAACACGCUCAGCAUCGACAGCCAGCAGUACUUCUCCAACCUCAUCGACAUGAUCGAGUACUACAUGAAGGAGCAGGGAGCCAUCUGCACCAAGCUGGUGAAGCCCAAACCAAAAACUGGGAUGAAGUCAGCCGAGGAGGAGUUGGCCAAAGCCGGCUGGUUGCUGAACCUGCAGCAUCUCACACUGGGAGACCGCAUUGGGCAAGGCGAGUUCGGAGAUGUCCUGCAGGGCGAGUAUAUGGGGCAGAAGGUGGCCGUGAAGAACAUUAAGUGUGAUGUGACUGCCCAGGCCUUCCUCUCUGAAACUGCUGCCAUGACGAAGGUCCGGCACAAAAACCUGGUGUGUUUGCUCGGUGUGAUCCUGCACAACGGCCUCUACAUUGUCAUGGAGUUUAUGAGCAAGGGCAACUUGGUGAACUUCUUGCGCACACGGGGCCGGGCGCUCGUCCCGACCCAGCAGCUCCUCCUGUUCGCUCUGGACGUGGCCCAGGGCAUGGACUACCUGGAGUCCAAGAAACUGGUGCACAGGGACCUGGCUGCCCGCAACAUCCUCAUCUCCGAGGAGAAUGUGGCCAAAGUGAGCGAUUUUGGCUUGGCCCGGGUCAAUCCCAAGGGUGCAGACGCUACUUUGCUACCCGUGAAGUGGACAGCGCCAGAAGCCCUGAAACACAACAAAUUCUCCUCCAAGUCAGACGUGUGGAGCUACGGGAUCCUCCUGUGGGAAACCUUCUCCUUUGGACGAGCGCCCUACCCCAAGCUGAGCCUGAAGGAGGUGACAGAGCUGCUGGAGCAGGGGUACCGCAUGGAGCCCCCCGAGGGCUGCCCACCCGCCGUCUAUGCCCUGAUGAAGAGCUGCUGGGAGCUGGAGCCAUGCAAGCGGCCGUCCUUCAAGAAACUCACAGAGAAGCUGCAGAAGGAGCUGAAGCACCUGAGGGACGUUUAA